AUGCACAGCACACACAGUUUGCUUUACCUGUCAGUGCUGAUAGUGGGGGUGGUCGGCCACAAGAUGCUGGAUGACUGUUUGUCAUCCGGCCGUAAAUACACCAUUAAUGUUGUCCUGCUGGAGGACAACACAUCCGAGUGGAGUCGACCACUUGUGCAGGCGGCUGUGGAAGACGCUAUCAAGGAGGACACGCAGACGAACAUUGACCACGAGUUAAAUUUCACUCUGACGGCGAACUUCAGCGGCGUCGACACCACCGUGUACAACCGGCAGGGCUGUGGCAGCAGCACCUGUGAGGGAGUGGCGAUACUCAAGAGGCUCUAUGAUACUAAUGAAGUCGGAUGCGUCAUGCUGGGGCCUUCGUGCACUUACGCCACAUUCCAGUUAGUGGAUGAUGAACUUGGCCUGAGCCUGAGCAUCCCCAUCAUCUCCGCUGGGAGCUUCGGCCUCUCGUGCGACUACAAGCCCAAACUGACCCGGAUUCUGCCUCCGGCUCGCAAGAUCUCAGACUUACUGCUCAACUUCAUGAACGAAACUUUGCCGUUCAAAGAUUGGUGGAACACCGUCUACGUCUACAAGAAGUCCAGCAACGUGACCGAGGACUGCUUCUGGUACAUCAACGCUCUGGAGGCCCCCUCUGCCAACUUUGCCGCAGGGACCAACAGGCAGAUGCUGCGUGGUGACGACGAGCUGAGGGACGCUCUCACUUCCAAGAAAAGACUGAGCAACAUUUUCAUCUUAUGUGGGAGCCGUGAUGAGAUCGUCUCAGCGAAGAGGAGGGUGGGCCAGAUAGACGAGGACAUCAUGUUCAUUCUCCUCGAUAUUUACAACCCUGAUUAUUAUGUCGACACGAUGUCCAAUAAGUUCAUGAAGGACGUGCUGGUGAUCACUCUGCCACCGAGGAACUACAGCUCUGCGUCAAACACAACGUACAACAACACGAUAAAUGACUACGUGGCCGGGUAUCACGACGGCACGCUGCUGUUUGGCAAAGUGCUCAGAGACCGAAUGCUCAGCCAGCAACACAACAGGGCAUCGAAUAAUGUGCCUCUGAAUUACAACCCGUUUGGAAACGCCUCCUUUGACGGUAUGGGAGGACACUACGUGCUCGAUGAAUACGGCGACAGAGAUGUUAACUUCUCGGUGCUUUACACGUCCCCCAUCACUGGCAGGUAUGAAACCCUGUUAGUGUUUGAUACGUCGUGUAACAAAUCCAGAGUGACGAACCCCAACCCCGUCCUGCCGUGGAAAGAGAACCGACUGCCUCAAGACUUGCCAGAAAACCCACACAGUCUGAAUAAGCAGGAUGUGAUUGUGAUCGUGCUGAGUUUCAGUGUCAUCGUGGUGACGGCCAUCGCUCUCAUCUUCUACAGGCAGAACAGGAAAGAACGUCUCAUGCAGAAGAAGUGGUCUCACAUCAACCCGCUCCUGAUUGGUCCACUGGAUGAGAAGGAAGUCUCGCUGAAGAUAGAUGAAGUUAAGAGGAAGGACAGCAAGUACUUCUCCCAUCGAGGCCGCUACGACAAGAAGCCGGUGAUCUUGAAAGAGCUGAAGCACUUAGACGGCGACUUCAACGAGGACCAGAAGAUCGAGCUCAACACUCUGCUGCGCAUCGAUUACUACAACCUGACCAAGUUCUACGGCACGGUGAAGUUUGAGUACGGUGUGUUCGGGGUGUUUGAGCUGUGUCAGCGGGGAUCCCUCAGGACCAUUCUGAACGACAUGAUCUCCUACCCUGACGAAACUUUCAUGGAUAUGGAAUUCAAGAUCUCAGUCAUGUACGACAUAGCAAAGGGAAUGUCCUAUCUCCACUCCAGUAAUAUUGCAGUGCACGGACGCCUCAAGUCCACCAACUGUGUGGUCGACAACCGUAUGGUGGUGAAGAUCACAGACUUCGGCUGCCACACCAUCCUGAGUCCAGGCAGAGAUGUGUGGACGGCCCCGGAGCAUCUCCGUAAAGGCGGGGUGUCUCAAAAAGGUGACGUCUACAGCUACGCCAUCAUUGCCCAUGAGAUCAUUAUGAGGAAAGACCCGUUCUACACACAGAACUGCUCGGAUAUCAUAGAGAUGAUCCACAGAGUUCAGUAUCCCACCGACGUGGUCAUGUUCAGACCCCACCUCAACUUCGACGGCGCCUCAGAGAACGAGGUCGAGUUGUAUGUGCUCAUAAAGAACUGCUGGGAUGAAGACCAAGAGCGGAGGCCAGAUUUUAAAAGAAUAGAGGGAACUCUGGGUAAGAUUUUCAGUAACCUGCACAACCAAGCCACUGAGACGUACAUGGACAAUCUGAUCCGUCGCCUGCAGAACUACUCCAGGACUCUGGAGCGUCUGGUGGAGGAGAGGACGUGUCUCUACAAAGCUGAGAGGGACCGAGCCGAUCGCCUCAACUUCAUGUUACUGCCCGGCCCUGUGGUGCGUUCACUGAAGGAGACGGGCCGGGUGGAGCCAGAGCUUUUCGAGGAGGUGACUGUUUAUUUCAGCGACAUCGUGGGAUUCACCACCCUCUGCCACUACAGCACCCCCAUGGAGGUGGUGGACAUGCUCAACGACAUCUACAAGAACUUUGACAGCAUCCUGGACCACCAUGACGUCUAUAAGGUUGAGACGAUAGGAGACGCGUACAUGGUUGCGUCAGGUUUGCCCAGACGCAACGGAGACAGGCACGCAGUGGACAUCGCUCACAUGGCCCUGGACAUCCUGGCUUUUGUGGGGACGUUUGAGCUGCAGCACCUGCCUGGGAUCCCCCUGUGGAUCCGUAUCGGUGUUCAUUCAGGUCCAUGUGCGGCAGGAGUGGUGGGAAACAAGAUGCCUCGCUACUGUCUGUUCGGAGAUACAGUGAACACGGCCUCACGCGUGGAGUCCACAGGCCUGCCUCUGAGAAUUCACGUCAGCCACUCCACCAUCAGCAUCCUGCAGAGGACGGACUGCGAGUUUCAAUAUGAAAAGAGAGGAGAGACGUACCUGAAGGGUAAAGGUAAAGAGAUGACGUACUGGUUGACUGGGGUGACUGGGGGGAAAUACAACCUGCCGACACCGCCCACAGCGGAGAACUUCCAGCGGCUCCAGCAGGACCUGGCGGAGAUGAUCGUGUCCGGCCUGGAGAAGGCUGGCGGUGGGAGGGAGGGCUUGGAGAAGAGGAAGACACUGUCCACCAAGGUCCGUCGCAGGGAGACGAUCGUCAGCGUGCAGAGCGACGGCCAGCCGGAGUACUUCCACCUGGCUGUCGCUGAAAACCCCAGCACCUUCCUGUGA